AUGAUAUUGCACAUUUUUCAAUCCCUCUUCCUUCUGUUGUUAAAGAAUAUUUACAUCAGCACAGAAAUGAGGAGUAAAGCAGUUGGAGCAACUAAAAUGAGCAAGAACUUCCCGGACGGAAGAAACUCUUGCGUCAAAAGUGAACGUAUAGUAGUUGGAGGAAAAAAAGAAGAAACCCGCAAGAAAGGUGCUACACAUUUGUUCGUAAAUACCAUCAGCGGGGACAAAAAAAGGAUACUUAAGAAAGUCAAAAAAGAAUGUGGAGGAGGGGGAAUAAAGGGAGAGAGGAUGAUGGUUUCCGUCCAUCCUCCAGACGGAAGCGACACGAAGAACAUAAAUGUGCAGAAUAUAGCCAGUGGAACCCCCUUCUUUGUAAUAAAAAACUUCGAACUGAGAUGGAAAAGAAUUAAUGUGACGAAAAAUGAGUUACAACUAAAAUACUGCUUCUUGAUUGGACAGGAAUUCUGCUUCAGCGAAGUGAGCAGAGAUACCUACAUCGGCUUGGUGAAUAACAAAAUUUAUCUUUUUAAGGAGACGGAGGAGGGGAUCUUCUACCAAUGCGUUUAUGAUCGCAGCGGUGGGGGGAGCGGUGAGUGCGGCGAUGGACGGAGCGACGGAACCGAACGGGAGCACGCCACCCAGGCGGGCCAAAGUCGCAAUCCAGACAAUGCAAAUACGAGCGAUCAGUACGAGCAAGAUGUAAACGACUUCUUCAAUCUGCAAUUUCCGUUAAGUAAAAACAUCAAAAUGUGGAAAAAAAAAGACAAAAGAAUGAAGGAAAUUACUGAUAAGAUUAAGGGGUUGAGAAUAUUAAAGACCAACUCGGUGGAAUCAUUUUUCUCCUUCCUUUGUUCCACUAAUAAUAACAUUCCCAGGAUAACGCUAAUGAUAGAUUGCCUGAGGAGGCGGUACGGCAAAUUCCUCGCCACAGUCAUGUUUCACGGCCAGGAUGUGCUGGUCAAAGUGAGAGAGGACCCGGACGCAAAAGGGAUGGCCCUCAAUAGAAAUCAACAGCGCGUUGGCGUGAUGAAGGAUGAACAACGAGUUCGCCUCAAGGUAGGUGAGACACAAUCGGGGCGAGUGAAACGGGAGCCUCCUAAAAAUGGGGAGACGAAAAAGGAACCACUAUCCGUUUCUGCACCCAAGAGGGAGCCGCAACUGCGCAUUCGCGUGAAGGAGGAGUACUCACAAAAUGGGCCUACAACGCGGGAACAGAAUGGGGACGAUGGGCACUCCGAACGUGAGAACAACAGAAUCUUCUACGAGAACCUAAAGACGAUGAUCAAGGAGGAACGACAGAUGAAGAUUUUCCCCUUCUAUGAAUUUCCAACUGUAGAAAUACUAUCCCAAUUGAAGGAGAAAGAUUUAAGGAACUUAGGGUUCGGGUAUAGAAGUAGCUACGUUAUUGAGAGUGCCAAAAUGUUAGUGGAACGAGGAAGUGAAGAAUGGAUUGAAGACCUUAAAAAGGAGAAAAAGACAAAAAAUUGCAUUGACCAAUUAAUACUCUUCCCAGGCAUAGGGCUCAAAGUAGCCAAUUGCAUCUGCCUCUUCGGUUUGAAUAAAUUUGAUUGCAUUCCCAUAGACACGCAUAUAUAUGACAUCAUUUAUAAGUACUACCGAAACAUUGUGGAGUCUGAGUGCGCGUCGGUUCAUCGUCGCAGUGCUGAUAAGGCGGAGAACGUGGAGAACGCGACUGGAGGAACUCCCAUAAAAGGUAAGAAGAAGGGGAACAGAACCACUAGGCAGGCGACGCCCACUUAUGUCGACCGCGUGCCUAAACGGGAAGGCGAAAAAGGAACAGAGCCCAAUUCGAAACCCAAUUCGAACCCCAAUUCAAAGCAGCAGAAGAAGGCCCUCACAAUUUCUCUCUACAUUAGACUGUACACAAGGCUGAAGAACUUACUGGGGCCCAAUUGCGGGUGGGCACAAACCAUCCUUUUUGCGUCCGAGUUGAAAAAGUUCAGCCACCUGUUUGAGUAG